UGCUUCUGAAGAAAUGACCUUAACUUUUAACGGCUAACCUGUUUGUACGACCGUGAUUGCAGAUUGUUAACAAUUCCAUACCCAAGUUCUUGCCUGGACGUGUCAGGAAACCGGCCCUAAAAUUGAAUAUUAAGUUCAUCUUUUUAUUCAGAGGAUAAUUUGGUGAUGUCAUCCGGUUCCAUCACAGUUAUAGUACCAUAGCAACCCCCAAUAGAUAUACAAGAAUUAAAUUCUGAAUAGCCUAUAGGUAGGAUGGACAGUUACUUUAAAGCAGCUGUCAGCGACUUGGAUAAACUUCUUGAUGAUUUUGAGCAGAACCCAGAUAAACAAGAUUAUCUCCAAGAUACACAAAAUGCAUAUGCUUCUAACCACUGUUCAGUUUCUUCAGAGUUGGCCUCUCCACAGCUAGCGUUACUGCUGCCAAAGGACCAAAGAUGCACUAGUAGUUGUGCCUCAUCCGAAACAUGCUGUGAAACGAAUGAGACUUUUCUCAAAGAAAAACCACCCGAGGGGUUAACUUCUAGACAGAAUGAAAAAAACGUAGUGGGGCUUGAUCUUCUCUCUUCUGUGGAUGCUAAUACUUCAGAUGAGAUCCAGCCUUCAUGUAUGAGACGGUGUAGUAAGCCUGUCUGUGACCUGAUAAGUGACAUGGGUAACUUAGUACAUGUCACCAAUAGUGAAGAAGACAUUAAAAAGUUACUGCCAGAUGACUCUAAAUGUAGUACAGAUGCUGUGAUCGCAUCGGGUUCAGAGGCUUUGAUUGGAUUGGAUUUGCCUUCAAUCUCAGAUCCCCUCAUUGUUUCUUCAGUAGACCAUGGUAGUGAUGCCAUCAGAGAAGAGCAGAAUCACGUCAGCUCUGGCUUACAAGACAGAGAUAAUAGCAGGAUAAAAGAAAUGGGUAUACAAGUGGACACAGCACUUUCCGAUUCUUGUAAAUACAGUGGAACAGAAAAUUUAAAGGAUCAAAUUAUUUCUAAUGAGUUAAAAACAAUUGAUUUUAACAUGUCAUCUACUUUGACUGAACAAAGUUCUGAAAUGUCUAAUGCCAAAGAUAGCCCACAAUAUAAGAGGCUGCUGUGUGACUUGUUAAAAGACGAUGGCUGUUUGACAGAAGAGAAAUUAGAUGUGGCAGUGACUAAUGCAGACUGUUUAGAAGAAGGAGGUAAAACAAUUGCUAUGCCUUGCAAGCUUCCAAAAAAUGAAGGAACAUCCCUAAGUGACACAGAUUCAAAAGAUGGUAGCUUCAAAGUACCUGAUUUUUCCUUCCAGGAAAAUAGAACUGCUGUGUUCAUGAAAGAAUCUGUAAAAGAAGACUCAAGAGACUUAGACCUUAGAGAUAAUAAUGGUGUAGUCCAGGUUUCCCCUUCACCGGUAGCUGUUUCGUGUGAAGGUGCACCCUCCUCACUGUCCUGUCCUUCAUUGGCUGGGUCUGUGUGUGGAUCCUUACGUGACAGUAAUGUGCAUGGUGAUUGUGUACCUUCUGAUGAGUCUGAAGGUCAGAAUGAUGACGCAAAGACUAUCCGUGAAGAAAUGCGAAAGAGUGCUGCCUCAGGUGGGGAGCUCGUUAGGGAGCCGGGUCUGUUGGAAAAGUGUGAGAGCAUAUUUCUUCAGCCAGUAAAUGAAAAGAAAGGGGACGGAAAGGUUGAAGUCGAGCAGGAGGUAGUCAGUGGUGAAUCUGUGGAGUACCCCGAGGACAGCAGCUCUGCGGCAGCUGCAGAGCCUCAAAUAGCACACUCUGCUGCGAGGGCCCCAGAGUCCCAUGACCAAUGUGAAGGUCUCCCUUUUUCCAUCAGUGAUGUGGAUGGGCAAGAGUUAGACUACUUUAAUAUUGACGAAAGCAUGAGAAGUAGCACGCUCGUCAGUGAUGCCGAACUUGAUGCUUUUCUGAAAGAACAGUGUCUUCAAAACUCUAACACAGUGUCUUCUGAAGAAAACGAAAAUGAGUUACAAACUCAGAUGAAUCACAUAGAUAUAAAAGGAUUAAAUGAUGAAAAUGCUGGGGAUAUAUACUUCAAUGCUGAAGCAGGAGCUGCUGGUGGAAAUGGAGGUGUUGGGAUUUGUGCAACAAUUGAUAAGGAAAACACAGUAGAAAAUGGUGGUCCUUCUGUAGAAGAAAAAAGCACAAGUUCAACUGAAAGACGGUUAUCUGCCACUAAGUCUGACAUAAGGAAUGAAUUGCCCGUCCCCAGUAUUAACACCCAAGCUGUUGGAGGGGCUAGACCUAAGCAGCCGCUCAGCCUUCCACCAGGAACAAGGAGUUCAAAGGAGCUGAGAAAGCCAGCUGUGCCGGAAAGGGAGCCGAGCGCAGCAGGUGCUGUUGCUGCCCCCACUCGCUCUGCAGAUCACAUACCUGACUCUCAGGCCAGCUUCAACUCCAAUUACAUUGACAUAGAAAGUAAUUUUGAAGGUGGAUCCAGUUUUGUAACUGCAAACAAGGAUUCUCAGCCUCAAAACAUUUGCAAAGAAGGCUUGGUUUUGGGCCAGAAACAACCCACAUGGGUUCCUGAUUCAGAAGCUCCAAACUGUAUGAACUGCCAAGUCAAAUUCACUUUUACAAAACGGCGACACCACUGCCGAGCAUGUGGGAAAGUAUUUUGUGGUGUCUGUUGUAACAGGAAAUGUAAGCUUCAGUAUCUAGAAAAGGAAGCAAGAGUGUGUGUCAUCUGCUAUGAGACUAUUAAUAAAGCUCAGGCCUUUGAAAGGAUGAUGAGUCCAAGUGGUUCUUGCCUUAAGUCUAAUCAUUCUAAUGACUGUGCCACCGCCCAGCCGCUUCAGGAGACCCAAACGUCCAAUACACCUUCACCUACAACGUUGCCCAUCUCAGCACUGAAGCAACCUAAUGCUGAAGGACUGUGCUCCAGAGAACAGAAGAGAGUAUGGUUUGCAGAUGGCAUACUGCCUAACGGUGAAGUUGCAGAUACCACAAAAUUACCAUCUGGAAGUAAAAGAUGUUCUGAUGACGUUAGUCCUGUCUUUCCUGACGUGCCUGCAAUUGUUAAUAAAGUAGAUCAUACCCAUUCUACUAUGGUGGAAAAGCCAAACAACGAAGUAGGUGACAUUAUAAGGAAUGAGCUAACUCGCAGUCCAGUUUCUCAUGUUGCACCUGUGGAAAAGCUGCCUAUGAGCACAGGCACUGAAGACUCACCCACGCCCGGCCCUUUCACACUGGAAGAUGAUGUUUUUGAGGACAGUGAGGAGCCAUCUACUCCCACUGUCAUCACCACUAACACUGGUUUGCCUGUUGCUAAUGUCUCAGACUACAGGUUAUUGUGUGGCAUUGCCAAAUGUGUCUGUGGCAAGAUUAGUCUUCUGCCUGAUGACGAGGCUGGUUUGCCUCCCCUUCUGGCCACAUCUGGAGAAGAGGGAUCAGUGCCUGUAGUGCAAGAACACCCAUCUCAUGAGCAGAUCAUUUUGCUUCUUGAAGGUGAAGGAUCUCCUCUUGCCACAUUUGUUCUAAAUGCUAACCUACUUGUGAAUGUCAAGUUAGUAUUUUAUUCCUCAGAUAAGUAUUGGUACUUCUCAACCAAUGGAUUGCAUGGCUUGGGACAGGCAGAAAUUAUUAUCCUGUUGCUAUGUUUGCCAAACGAGGAUACAGUUCCUAAGGACAUCUUUAGAUUAUUCAUCACCAUAUACAAGGAUGCUUUAAAAGGAAAGUACAUAGAAAACUUGGACAAUCUGACCUUCACUGAGAGUUUUCUCAAUAGCAAGGAUCAUGGAGGGUUCCUGUUUACUACACCGACCUUUCAGAAUCUUGAUGGCCUCCCAGUACCAAGGAGCCCUUUUCUCUGUGGCAUUCUUAUCCAGAAGCUGGAGAUCCCCUGGGCCAAGGUUUUCCCUUUACGUCUAUUGUUGAGACUGGGAGCUGAAUACAAAGCAUACCCUGCUCCUCUAACAAGUGUCAGAGGCCGGAAGCCUCUCUUUGGAGAAAUAGGACACACCAUUAUGAACUUACUUGUUGAUCUGCGAAAUUACCAGUAUACAUUGCAUAACAUCGACCAGCUGUUGAUUCAUAUGGAAAUGGGAAAAAGCUGUAUAAAAAUCCCUCGGAAAAAGUACAGUGAUGUAAUGAAGGUAAUAAAUUCCUCUAACGAGCAUGUCAUCAGCAUUGGAGCUAGCUUUAGUACAGAAGCAGAUUCUCAUCUGGUCUGUGUACAGAGUGAUGGAGUUUAUCAAACUCAGGCCAAUAGUGCCACUGGCCAGCCAAGAAAAGUGACAGGUGCAAGUUUCGUGGUAUUCAAUGGUGCUCUGAAAACAUCUUCAGGAUUUCUUGCCAAAUCCAGCAUAGUGGAAGAUGGCUUAAUGGUACAAAUAACUCCAGAGACCAUGGAUGGCUUACGGCUGGCUCUACGAGAGCAAAAAGACUUUAAAAUUCACUGUGGGAAAGCUGACGCAGUAGACCUGAGAGAGUGUGUGGACAUCUGCUGGGUGGAUUCUGAAGAAAAGAAAAAUAAAGGUGUUAUCAGCUCAGUAGAUGGAAUAUCAUUAGAAGGAUUUCCAAGUGAGAAAAUAAAACUGGAAGCAGAUUUUGAAACUGAUGAGAAGACUGUGAAAUGCACUGAGGUAUUCUACUUUCUAAAGGACCAAGAUAGAUCUAUUUUAUCAACUAGUUACCAGUUUGCAAAAGAGAUCGCCAUGGCUUGUAGUGCCGCCCUGUGCCCUCAUCUGAGAACUCUAAAGAAUAACAGAAUGAACAAAAUUGGACUCAGGGUUUCCAUCGACACUGAUAUGGUUGAAUUUCAGGCAGGCUGUGCGGGCCAGCUUCUGCCUCAGCACUACCUCAACGAUCUGGACAGUGCUCUGAUACCCGUGAUCCACGGGGGAACCUCUAGCUCUGGUGUGCCACUGGAAAUAGAGUUAACGUUUUUCAUCUUAGAAAAUCUUUUUGAGUGAAAAGAUGUGCGGUGUUAUAUGUUGACAAACAGGUCUGUUAAGAUAAUCCCAGCACUAAAACUGAAACACCACAAACACUAAAUGUUUGAUAAUUGAAAUAUAUAAAUUUGCUUUUUAGGCAGGAAUGAUUUUCAAAAUCAUCAGCACAAUAUUUAAAUAUUGAAAAGUAAGGAAUCCACCAUUUUAUAGCUUUAUGCUUACUAUAAGAACUAAGAAGAAAAACUUUUUCUUCUAACUUAAAAUUUAUAGCAUUUACUGUGUAACUUAAAUGUUAAGCCAAAGUAUCUGCACUUAGCUAUACCUCUUAUGUCGUGAAUGGUUUUAGGGAAGGACAUACUUGUUUCAUGUGCGUGCUAGUGAGGACACUGGUUUCCAAGUCUGUUUAAAAUGCAUUUCAAUAGUGAAGACCAGUUUCAAGAUUCUAGACUUAUAAUUCUUUGAAUAAAGCUGAUAAUUUAUUUGUAUAAAUCGAAUGGAGACCUACCUCCAUGCUUAGAUAACUCUGAUUAAAAUUAGAAUUUUGCCUUUAGUUCUUCUCAAAUUAUUAUAUAUAUAUAUAUUUUCCUGAUUAAAUAAUUGUGGGUGCUUCAGGACUUUGUGCUUCUCUAUUUAAGUCGUUUCCAUAGUAACAUAUGAUUUGGAAUGUGUUUUAUAAAUCUUUGCUAAUAUAUAAAUAGGUAAUAUUUUUGUAUCACAAUGCAUUUCCUUUCUUCCUCCUUCCUUACGAAGUACACCACUGUAUUUAACACUCUUCAGAUGACAACAGGCCAGAUGGCCCAUGAGGUGGCCAUUAUGUAGCAAUAACGGAAGCCUAAAGCCGGUUUCUAUUACUUCCAUGUUAAUGCUUAGGAAUUUCUUGAUUGACACCAAUGUAUGAAGUAUAAAUUUUAACAAACUUGUUACUUUUGCAUAUUUUUAAUUCUUUCUAUGCUAGCUAUUUUUUAUAAUGGAAUAUUUAACAUGAAGUUAAAGGUUAUGAUAGCGCUUUCUUGUUUAAUUCAAACAGGAGAAAAGAAAAAACUGUCAUUUAACUUAUAUAAAAAUGUAAUCAUUGUUUUGAUGCCUUUUAUGUGGAAUAUAUUUUUUGUAUCAAAAACACUCACUGUAUAUAUCAAGAAAAAGGCACACUAAAUAGCUCCGUGUAAGAAGGACAUUUAUAAAGCAUCUCAACUCACAGAUCCAGUCACGUGAGUCUCUGACUCAGGAGCUAAGGUCUUAGAGGCCACAGCUUCCAUCCGAAUCACAUGUGGACCAGCCAAAGACAUAUUUGAGGAGAAUAUCCACAAACAACCUGAAAUGUUACAGAUAAUAAGUAAAAUGGCA